UCUCUCUCUCUCUCUCUGUGGGUCGCUGAAAGGUUGAGCAAGAUAGAUAAGGAAAAAUCGUCUGAGAAUGUUAUCUAUGGGUGUUGGGAUCGAGUGUCAGGCAACCCUGAGUGCCUCCGCCGCCGUCGUCAGGCCGAAGCUUCUGCCUCCUCACCAAAGACACAAGCUUUUCCUCAAUAACAGCUCAACAUUGAAGCCCAGGAGCACCUCUUCUUCCUUCUUCAUUUCUCACUCGCUGCCGGACCUCAAGCUCAGACUCCCCCACACAGACUUCAAACUCUCCGCCGCCGCUGAAGCUCUUGUCGCCGAAGAAACCGCCGCCGAUGACGUCACCCCUGAAGAAGACAAAGAGAAGCUUGGAGUGGUUGUGAAGCCGAUGGAGAAACCGAGGCUUGUGUUGAAGUUCAUUUGGAUGGAAAAGAACAUAGGCAUUGCACUUGACCAGAUGAUACCGGGGCAUGGCUCCAUCCCGCUCAGCCCGUAUUACUUUUGGCCGAGGAAAGAUGCUUGGGAGGAGCUCAAGGUCUUACUCGAGAGCAAGCCUUGGAUAUCUCAAAAGCAGAUGAUUAUUCUUCUCAAUCAGGCCACUGAUAUCAUCAAUUUGUGGCAGCAGAGUGGCGGCAAUUUGGCGUAAGCUUUGAUGUAAAUUUUUUUCGUUGAGUUCUUAGGUGCUGUGUGUUACUUGGGCCCCCUUGAAUGUUAGGAAUGCUGUCUGUGUAACAUGCUUAUUAGAGCUGUAUGACUACUUGUGUAUCACAUUCUGUCAAGUUGAAUGAAAUAUGAGUUCUCAAUUCUCUUUGAUGA